AUGGCUUUUUUGAAGAAGAAACUGCCUAAUGUAAACCAUUCUAGUCGCUCGAGAUCUGGUUCCGCCUCAUCAAAUAAAAUAUCCGCAGCAGUUUCACCAUCCACUCCCAACAGUCCAGACAUAAGGUUGCCAGACCUUCCUCCCAAAUUUCCAAUGGAGCAUGUCACUGCCAAAGCGCCUGGGCUGCUCGCUGGCGCUGCAACAGCACAGUACACGGAGAGCUCGGUUGACGAACAUACCUCAUGCGCCUUUAGUUUUGAAGACAGCAUGAACCAAGAACACCAAGCCGCAAACAGUGCCGGGCAAACAGCUUCUGCAGACUCCAUCGAGGCAGGCGUUACAAUGGCAUCGCGAAAGUCGUCUGGUGGCAGUACCAGCUCUCUGUCAAACGACAAACUUCUUUAUUCAUGGGAUGUCACCAAUCCAGAGGAAUGGAACAUGAUUCGGGUACUAUCUUGGUUGCGCUUCAAUGAGUUUGAUGACUCUUGGCUAAACUACUUCAGAAAGCGUCAAUUGCAUGGCCACAAGUUUUUGAAGCUUAUGGCCUACGACAACUAUGCUCAACAUGAAAACAGCCUCCCGCAAACUAAGUCCUCCACUUACCAACGGUUCCAAUACCUUUUGAAGAGGACACUCGAACAAAAUGUGGUGAAUGGCCACAUACGCAAUAAAAGUGACAAGUCCACGGGGUCAAGAAGUUCUAGCGACUCCAUGAAGCUAAGAAAUAGAAGAAAAGAUGAACAUGAACAAAACCGAGCUAUAUCCGAUAGUAAUCCUGGGGCAAGAAAAGCUUCGGCAGAUAAUGCAGAUGAGCGGGCUGUCGUUCAGACGCGAAAUCACAAAAAGGCUAGCAGCGCCAGUUCAUUGUAUCGGCGAAGCUUCAUUUCCUUAAGAGGCAGUUCUAAUGCAUCUCAGAGCAAGACAGAUCCAAGCAUUAACUUAAAGAUACCUCCACGGGCUUUAUCAACCGCUGAAAGCGCUAGUUAUAACGAACGACAGCACAUCAGAGUUUCGUCUUCCCCAUUAUCGCCCACAUAUUCGGUAAGAUUUAGACGUCAACACAAAGCUAGCUCUUCUGAAUCUUCUAUUUUCAACACUCUUUUCGGUUCGAAUAGUGGGCCUAAUAGUAAUCUUAUUGAGGAACCGUCUGCCACUCAAAAAGCGCCAAAACCUUUCACAACCUCUUCACUCGAAAGUCUGCCCUUGGAGAAAAUUGCCAAGAUCGAAACACAAGGAUUGUACCCAAGAAAAUCCAUACCUUCUCCUGAAGAUAAAACUGGGUUGUGGAGAAAACUCAAGAGAAGGUCAAUACAGCUCGACACCGAUAUGUCUCAAAUAACAGGAUCAUCGUCAGAAGCUGACUCGACCGAAUCUAGGAGUCUUGUCGGUAAAAAACCCAUUGAGUCGAGUGACUUCAAAUGGGAUGCUUUCAUUUUAGAGAAGAAGUAUUAUCCAUUAAGAAACACAGGAGUUACAGACAAAUACAUUUUGAUUACGAAGGACAACAAAUCUUUUAUUCCACUAAAUGUCGCAGUCAUUACAAAUUUAGAGGAAUUAAAAGAUUCAAUGGCUCUUACGCUUGGUAUACGACACAAAAGCUACACAAUUCAUCUCACUGAUUUUGGCUGCGACAUUGGCUGUUCCAUUAACGAUGAGUUGCUCGAAACCAUGCGAAAUAAUAUGUUUUACAACGUUCCAAACAAACUAUUUUUGAAGGACCAAAUGAAAAUACAACUACGGCCAGUCGUCAGAACUGCAAAUAGCGAGGUACAACUUCCCAUCAAGUCUGUUAGGAGCAAAGGAUCAGUCAAAUCAGCUAACAGCAGCGUGUUGAAUUCCAACGAUGACAAUUCAACUGUUACGUCUUGUUCGGACGUAACGUCAUUUGACGACAUUGCACAUGCAUCCGGGCGAGCAGUCUAUCCCCAAACUCCCAACUCUUACUAUGGCGCAGUAGUCGCUAACGCAAGCUCUGAUAUUGACUAUUGGACUUUUAAGGACUCGCGCAACGAGGACGUUGAGCCUCAAAGUCUUCCCAAAGUUCGUUCCAGAAAUGCAAAGAGAAGACCGUCCGGCACUGGGACUCUUUCGAACUCAAAUAAUGAUACCGACAAGAGUCAUUCUUUUCAGAUAAUUAGGAAACAAAGUGACGACGAGAUAAAUUUCAAUAAUAGACGAUCAUCUCCUUACGCAAAGUCUGAUUUCGCCCCCAGAAGAGAGGCUCCCAGACCACCCACAAGCUCACAGAACUCAUUAAUUUCACCUGGGCCAAGCAGCAGUCACAAUUCACCUAUAACACAAACGAUCCGCAAAAACUCGACUAUUACGCGAAAAAGCCGUCCUCCACCACCUGUCACCAUAUGGAGUCACCUGUCUUCACAACCUUCGACUGUGUCUCUACAGGAAACUCAAACCCCUACAACCAGCCCUGUUGAAACUGUCGUCCACUCCUAUACUCCUGGAUCCACUCAAGUUCUUGUUCCUCAGCCGUACAAGGGCAAAAGUAAUAUUACGACAGUAGGAUUGGACGAGCCUACGAUUUCAUAUCCCUACUUUGCAAGGGUAAGCAGAUCGAGCUCGUUUCAAUCAACAGCGAAUUCUGUAAUGCAAUCACCGCCGCAACUUCUCAAGAGAAGUAGCACAAAACGAAUCGUUUCAUCUGCGUCUGCUGCUGACGUCUUUGAUGAAAAUGAGGUUUCAUUUGCUGACGCACCUGCUCUUUCAGAUUCUGACGGGGACCUUACCGAAAGCGAUUCCUCGGAUAACAUAAUUUGGUCAUCCACGCUCAAGAACACUGACUCGAAAGAUAAACUUGCUAAUCCACGACUUGCCGUGCAGCAAUCUUAUUCAGAAAGUUUCCUUGGUGAAGAUAAUCAUCAAGAGGAAGUUUCUAACAAAAAAGAGAGCUAUCCGCUCGAAAGAAAGAUGACCCUGAGGCCAUCACCCGAAGUUGUUUACCAGAAUCUGGAGCGCUUUUUCCCUAGAGCAGAUCUAGAUAGGCCAAUUGUGGAAGGAACAACACCACCUCCAUCUCCCCAAAAUAUAAAGCCAACUUCGCCAACCCUUCAUCAGCCAUUCAGAGAGUCACCGACCUCUGAACCCAGAUCUCCUUUCACUUCGAGAAUGGGAACACCGCAAACAAUGAUUAGCAAACCUACCCAUGAUUCACAAGAGGUUCUUGUUGCGCCAUCUAAGUCUUUAAAGGUACCAAAGCGCGCUAAGACUAUUAGAAUUAUCGCAAGAGAAGCAAGCGAAGCGAGAAGGAAAUCCAAGAUAAAAAGCGUCAGUAGGAAGAACACUAAAAUGUGGGGAACCCGUGUUGUCGAGAUCACAGAUAAAAGAACAGUCUCGAUCAAUAAAUCCAAAAACUCAAAUGGAGAAUACAAAGAAUUUGCUUGGAUUAAAGGUGAAAUGAUAGGUAAAGGAUCUUUUGGAUCGGUGUUUUUGGGUUUGAAUGUUACUACCGGUGAAAUGGUGGCAGUAAAGCAGGUUGAAGUACCAAGGUAUGGAUCUCAGGAUGAAACAACACUCAGUGUUUUAGAGGCGCUAAGAUCGGAGGUCGCCACUCUUAAAGAUCUCGAUCACAUGAACAUCGUACAAUAUCUCGGCUUCGAGAAUAAAAACCACGUUUACAGUUUAUUCCUAGAGUAUGUUGCCGGCGGAUCUGUAGGUGCAUUGAUUCGGUUAUUCGGAAGGUUUGAAGAAGACCUCGUUCGGUUUUUGGCAGUUCAAGUUUUACGGGGUCUCUCAUACUUACAUUCCAGAGGAAUACUUCACCGUGACAUGAAAGCAGAUAAUUUGUUGUUGGAUGUUGAUGGGGUCUGUAAAAUCAGUGAUUUCGGGAUCUCUAAAAAAUCGAAUAACAUAUACACAAACUCUGACAUGACUAUGAGAGGUACAGUUUUUUGGAUGGCGCCAGAAAUGGUUGACACAAAGCAAGGGUAUAGUGCAAAAGUUGAUAUUUGGUCUUUGGGUUGCGUAGCACUCGAGAUGUUUGCAGGCAAACGUCCUUGGUCUAAUUUUGAGGUUGUCGCUGCGAUGUUUAAAAUAGGGAAAUUCAAGUCAGCACCUCCCAUUCCAGACGACACCCAGAAGUCUAUUUCUCCAGAAGCAAAACAGUUUUUGGACGCAUGUUUUAGUAUUGAUCCUGAAAAAAGGCCAACAGCCGAUGAUCUGCUCUUACAUCCAUUCUGCAAUGUUGACAAAUGCUUUGUUUUCAAGGACACGAAUCUUGCUAAGUUCAUUAAGUAUAAUGAUAAAUGCAAUUCAAGCAAGCUGAAAGCUAAUAAUCAGAAAUUCUGA